UCCUGAUAAAUCACAACAAAGCGUCCAGAGGGAGAGGAAGGAUGGACGGCACCGCUGCCCCUGUCACUAAAUCUGGAGCUGCCAAGUUAGUUAAGAAAAAUUUCCUUGAGGCUCUAAAGUCAAAUGAUUCCGGAAAAUUGAAGGCUAUUUUAGUCCAAAGGCAAAUAGAUGUGGACACAGUUUUUGAAGUUGAAGAUGAGAAUAUGGUUUUGGCGUCUUAUAAACAAGGUUAUUGGUUGCCUAGUUAUAAAUUAAAGUCUUCCUGGGCAACAGGCCUACAUCUCUCGGUCUUGUUUGGUCAUGUGGAAUGUCUUCUGGUGCUACUGGACCACAAUGCUACAAUCAAUUGUAGACCCAAUGGGAAAACUCCUCUUCAUGUGGCCUGUGAAAUGGCCAACCUGGAUUGCGUUAAGAUCCUCUGUGACCGUGGAGCAAAGCUCAAUUGCUACUCCUUGAGUGGACACACAGCUUUGCACUUCUGUACAACUCCAAGCUCCAUUCUCUGUGCCAAGCAAUUGGUUUGGAGAGGGGCAAACGUGAACAUGAAGACCAACAACCAAGAUGAGGAGACGCCCUUGCACACUGCCGCCCACUUCGGCCUCUCGGAGCUGGUGGCCUUCUACGUGGAGCACGGGGCCGUAGUGGACAGCGUGAACGCGCACAUGGAGACCCCCCUGGCUAUUGCCACCUACUGGGCCCUCCGCUUCAAGGAGCAGGAGUACAGCAGGGAGCACCACCUCAUCUGCCGCAUGCUGCUCGACUACAAAGCAGAGGUCAAUGCCCGGGAUGACGACUUUAAAUCCCCCCUCCACAAGGCAGCCUGGAACUGUGACCACGUGCUCAUGCACAUGAUGCUGGAGGCUGGUGCCGAGGCCAAUCUCAUGGAUAUCAACGGCUGCGCUGCCAUCCAGUAUGUGCUGAAGGUCACCUCCGUGCGACCCGCUGCCCAGCCUGAGAUCUGCUACCAGCUACUGCUCAACCAUGGGGCUGCCAGAAUAUACCCUCCCCAGUUCCACAAGGUGAUACAGGCUUGUCACUCUUGUCCCAAAGCAAUCGAAGUUGUCGUCAAUGCCUAUGAACACAUCAGGUGGAACAUAAAGUGGAGAAGAGCUAUCCCUGAUGAUGACUUGGAGAGAUACUGGGAUUUUUACCACUCUCUCUUCACCGUGUGUUGUAACUCUCCAAGGACUCUCAUGCAUUUAUCGAGAUGUGCCAUUCGAAGAGCGCUGCACAACAGAUGCCACCGAGCAAUUCCUUUGCUUGCCCUCCCAUUGUCAUUGAAAAAGUACUUGCUUUUAGAGCCAGAGGGAAUCAUUUAUUAAGUCUUAUGAGACAGCAGUUCCCAAUCCUAGAUAUUUAAGUUGACUUGCUGGGUAGACACGGUUUGCAUAAAUAAGAUGGUACUUGGGUUGAUUAUAACACUUUAGGGAUUUCAAAAACACUUUACAAACACUAUAUCAUUAAUCCUAGAGUAUCAUGGUGAGGGGAAAUAAACAAGAAGUAAGUUAAAGAAUUUUCAAAGACAAGAAUGCAUCCAGAAGGUACUGAUAUAACAAUAAUAACUGAUAUAUAUAACGCUCUUAUUAGGUGCCUGAUAUAUUUUUGUAAAUCUUUUCAUGUAUUAUCUCAUCUGAAAUGGGACCCAUGUUUUCUUAGAACCAAUCUCAUUCUCUAUCUUAUCAGUAAUAAGUUUACAUUACUGUUCAGUUUGCGAUAUAGCAAGCAGGCUUUGUGAUUGGCCUCUUAAACGCGCUAUCUUCUCCUUAUUACUACUUAGCAGUAAUUACUAUCACUAGUUUUGCAAAGUCCUACUUCCCAAACCAAGCUCCUCAAGUUAUUUUAGUGAAGAAAGUACAUGAGCAUCGUCAAAGCAAGGAGAUCUUUGAGUCAAAUUAGAAAUGAGAAAGACCGUCCGCUUAGUAGGCAAAGAUGGACAUUUUGACACACAGUCAUUGAGCUAGAGACUGGAGAUGCAAAGACGAGUCCAAUGUGGCUCCUGCCCUCCAGGAUCUCACCAUUUAGCAGAGGAUCCAGACACACAAGCAGGUAACUGCAAUGUGAAGUGACGGGGCGAGGGUACAGGUGCAGACUCAUUUUUAAUGCUUGCCUUUCAAAGUCGUGUUCUGACACGAAGUGUGAUUUUUCUUUCAAGCAUGAAGUUAGAGAGUGAAGGGAUUGCGUAAAGUAGAGGGAACUCCUGCUAUUGUUAGGGUAAUUAUAUUUAUUUACGUUUCUCCAAACACCUGGAUAGUGUUUUAGUUUAGCAUGGUUUCCUGUUUAGAGCUUUCUCAGACUCCUUGAGAAAAAUAUGGCAAACUUAAUAGCUCCCAUGGAUGUGACAAGGAAGUUUAGGAAAACAAAUAAAAGAAAGUAUGUGAAAGACUUAGUUGAUUACUCUGGUCUUUUUAUGCAGCAGACUGACAUUUCCAAGCAUUUUAGCUAAAAGUUAAGGAGCAUUUUGCUAAUAAUGGCUGGCUACAGAAAGUAAAUAGAAAGGCUUUUUAGAAAUGGUAAAAGUUUGAGAAACUUGAAGUGUGUUAACCAGGCUUGCUAGUUAGUGGUUUGCAGAAAGAGAAGUGUAGAUGAUUAACCUUUGGGCCUUUGGUUUAUGAGGCCAACUUUGUGAAACUUUUUUGUUCUUGCUAAUCACCUUUAGAUAAGCUCAUUUUCUCUUAACAUCGCUUCUUAGGGGUUAAAGCAAAAGUAAUUAAGUACAAACGAAUACUAUUUGCCAGUUGUGAGCAGGUUUCUUUUAUCUGCGUAGUUCUCCAUCUUGUUUAACUUUGAAUGUCUGAACGAAUAGCAAUCAUGUUAAGUACUCCACUAGGCUGUCACCUAGACUGUGCAUCUAAGCUGGGGUUCUCUUACUCCUGGUGCUGUGUAGGAAAAACCAUAGGUGGAUACGAUAGUCUUUCUUAAGUUGCAGUUUUACUCAAAUAUUUUGGGGGAAAUGUUUUGUACUAAAACAAGAGCUAUAUCAUGGAACAGAAUGCUGAAUGUGUAUGAAUUAUUCAUAUUAAACAUGAUCCUUCAAAAAGUAGUUUGCUCGCAGCAAGUGACAUUAGAACAUGUCUUAGAACUUGGAGGAUUGCGUGCUUCCCUCUGUCUUAAGGAGUGUUCUGGCAGAAUAAUCUGUGAGGCAUAGCCUUGGGGCAAGCAUGGGAAAGAAAAACGUUUCUCAAUUAGUUUGUUCAUGCUUAAGUAUUUGUGUUAAUCUAGCAUAUAAUACACAGCUACUUGUUUUGAAUUGUUUAUAUGUGGAUUUAAAGUGAUUUUUUCUCAUAUUUGACCUUGUAUUGAGAAAACUCGAAUAAAGCUCUUCUAUUUCCUUUCA